CAGAGCGGCCCGAGCCCGCUGCGGAGCAGCCCUGCUCCCCAUGACGGUGGCGGCAGCGGUGGGGCGAAGGUGGCGGGGAGCCCGGCUGAGCGCGGCCGCGCUGCUGGCGCUGCUGGCACUGGCGCUGCUGGCGCUGACGGCCGGGCGCGGUGGUGGUGGCAGCGGUGCGGGGCAGCCGGGAUCCCCUCCGCCGCCGCCGCUGCCGCCGGGCUUGCGGGAGGAGUUGCGGCAGAGACGGCGCGACCUGCUGCGCCUGGAGGCGGCUGCGGGCGGCGGCGAGGCGGCGAGCGGCGGGCUGGGCUGCGGCGACCUGAGCCUGGCGACGGGCGUCAGCGUGCUGGGAUGGGGCUUCACCAAGGUGGUGGCUCGGGCGGCGCUGGCGGGCGGCGGCGCCGUGGCCCUCAAGUCGGUGCACGGGGCGGGCCGGGAGGUGCGGCAGUGCGUGCUGCGCUACGGGGCGCCGGCCGGCUGCCGCCGCCUGGCCGCCUACAAGCUGCUAAAGGAGGUGACGCUACUGCAGCGCCUGCGGCAUCCCGGCAUCGUACAGCUGCACGGUCAAUGCUAUGAUAAUAGCGGAGAUCCUGAAAUACGGGUCACAGCUAUGCUGGAACUGGGAUCCCCCCUGGAGAUGAUUCAGCUUCUGCAGACCCCCUGGGAGGAGAGAUUUAAAAUUUGCCUGAGUCUUGUGGAACUGCUGUUUUACUUGGCACAUUCUCCCCUGGGUUCAAUAGUCCUCUUGGAUUUCCAGCCGAGGCAGUUUGUUAUGGUGGAUGGAAACCUAAAAGUGACAGACAUGGAUGAUGCCAGCACUGAGGAACUGUCAUGCAAGGAAGAUAAUGACUGCACACUUGACUUCCCUACGAAAAGCUUUCCCCUCAACUGCUCUGCAGCUGGGAAAUGUGAAGGAAUAAAUGAAAAGAAGAAUCUUUUCAAUGCAUAUCGGUAUUUUUUCACCUAUCUUUUGCCACACUCUGCACCAUCAGCUUUGCGGCCCUUCUUGAGCGAUAUUCUGAAUGCAACAGGUGAUUUACGAUAUGGAAUAAAUGAAACCCGGAAAGCUUUUGAAAAGGUUUUACAUCUCUACAAGUCUGGGCUCUACCUGCAGAAAAGACCUCUGCUUUUAAAAGACUACAUCUCCCUAAAGGGCUUCCGAAUGGUGGAAGGAGAAGACUACAAGUGCUGGCCCUCCUACAGCCAUCUGGGAUGCCUGCUUUCCGUUCACAGUGCUGAGGAAGCUGCCACAAUCUGUAACUCCCAAUCGCAGUGCCAAAGCUUUAUCAUCACCCAGCAGAGGACCUGGACAGGACGCCCACUCGCCUCAUUUCAGAGUAGCCUGACUGAUUUAAUACCGGAUGCUAACGCUGUCAUCUAUGUUAAACGAUCUGCUUCCUCAGGGGAAAGACUUUAGAGACAAUGAGAUCACAUAAAAUGAUCCUGGGAGGAACAAACCACUGGGGAGAAUUUCAUCUGCUGAAAAGAAUGGCUUAUUUUCUUUUGCUUUGGGAUGGGAUCACCCUGCCAGCCCAGAUAGAGUCAGAUGCUGCUGCCUCCUUGAUCAAAGCUCAGAUUUCUCAUUGCAGCCCUGCUAGCUUCCAUAUUUGUUCCCACACUGCUGUUCCACAGUCCCAGUUGUAGUCAAAUGUCGCUAGACUGUGCAAUCCUUCGCCUUGCUGUUUCGGUAACGAGCUUGUCAGCCAAGAAAUAGAAAUAGCUGCACGGGCUCCAGCUUGGGUAUGCUUAGUUAGUUCAGUCACCUCUGAAAACCUAUGGAUAACACACCUUGGAGAAGACUCCUUCUGCAGCUGCUGACCAGGAUUUCAUACCACUGCAGAUGUAAAAGACUCGAUCUGAGCUAUGGGGCCAAGGUUGCAGGGUUGGGGUCCAUAACCAGAGGUUGAUGAUGGGGGUGGUCUUCCAAGGAGGGUCCUGAUUCCAUUCUUUCCAGGGCAGGGGAGGGAGGUGGUGUAUAAGUCAGCUUUGGAACCAAAUGUCUGCAUGUUUGGAUGCAUGAUUUGGGUUUGACCCUAUGUGAUUUGUAAUGCCAGAUCCCAUGUAUCAACCUUGAAGGUUUUUCUCUGUUACUUUCCAUGAAAGAACAAGACAUUCAAAUUAUUUAUGUGUAAGGUGUGAUUCUGUAUGAUAAAGAAUUACUAUGUUUAUUCUAA